CGUGCCUUAGAUACGAUGAACUUUGACCUGAUCAAUGGCAAGCCGAUGCGUGUGAUGUGGUCUCAGAGAGAUCCUUCACUGAGGAAGAGCGGGGUGGGAAACAUCUUCAUCAAGAACCUGGAGAAAUCAAUUUACAGCGAGGGGCUCUUCGAUAUCUUCUCAUCCUUUGGAAACAUCUUAUCAUGCAAAGUGUCUUGCGAUGAAAAUGGAUCUAAAGGUUUUGGAUUUGUGCACUUCGAGACCCAUGAAGCUGCUGAAAAAGCCAUCAGCAGAUUAAACAGCAUGUUGAUCAAUGAGCAGAUUGUAUUUGUCGGCCACUUCAAGUCCCGUAAAGAGCGUGUGGCUGAAAUGCAGGAGAAAGCCAAACAAUUCACCAACGUUUACAUCAAGAACUUUGGAUCAGAUGUGACUGACACGACGCUCAAUGAGAUAUUCAGCAAAUUUGGCCCGACCAUGAGCGUUCGAGUCAUGACUGAUGAGAGCAGAAACUCCAAGGGAUUCGGUUUUGUCAACUUCAAGAAUAACAGUGAUGCCAAGAGGGCUGUAGAUGAGAUGAACGGGGUGGAGUUGAACGGCAGGCGGCUGUAUGUGAGUCGCGCUCAGAAGAAACGCGAGCGUCAGGCGGAACUGAAGCGCAGAUAUGAGAAGAUAAAGCAGAAGAACAUAACACGCUAUCAGGGAGUAAAUCUGUAUAUUAAAAAUCUGAGUGACAGCGUGGACAGUGAGCUACUCCUCAAAGAGUUCUCACCAUAUGGCAACAUCACCAGUGUGAAGGUGAUGACGGACGGCGGCCACAAUCGCGGUUUUGGAUUUGUUUGUUUCUCAUCUCCUGAAGAGGCCACUAAAGCCAUCACUGAAAUGAGUGGCCGCAUCAUCGCGUCCAAACCGAUAUACGUCUCGCUCGCGCAGCGGAAGAGUGAACGACAGGCUCAACUUAACCGCCAACACACAAUGAGAAUGAUGAGCUUUUCCAACCAACAUCUGAUGAUAAACCCAGUCAUUAACCUUAACCAUACAAACCCACCGUCUGGAAAUUAUUUGGAUCCACAGAUUCAGAGUUUGGCUCCAUACUACCCUUACUUGAGCACUCAAUGGGACACUGGGUGUUGACCCUCAUUGUGAAUAACGGAGUUGCUGUUCUUCAAGCUUAUCAGAUGGAGAAGGCACAUAAAUCUUCACCAUCCCUGUCAUCCAUAUUGUCUGAAAAAAUCUUGCACAGUUUAUACAUAUAUUUUCUCUUUUUUUUUAAUUUUUUUUUUAUUAAAAUAUUUUUUAUUUCAAUUUCAAUUUUAAAUGCUAAAACUUGUUUAACGAGCAGUUAUGAAUAAGCAAAU